AUGAAAUUGUUCCUUGUAGCUGCUUUGAUCGCUGUCGCUUCUGCUGGUCGUCUUGAACACCUUGAGCGUUCAUACCUUCCACCCGACAACAAUGCCCAGGGAAAUUUCAAUGGUGCUAGUUCAACAAGCUUCGGAGCCAAUGGAGGUUUUGACUCUGGAAGCUCUGGCUUAAAUACCUAUAGCUCUUUUGGAUCCAAAGGCCUAGGAUCUACCGGUUUUGGUGCCAAUGGCCAUAGUUCCAACGACCAUGGUUCAAAUGGACUGGGUUCCUCUGGUUUUGGUGCCAAUGGACAUAGUUCCAAUGGUUUCGGUGCUAAUGGACACAGUUCAAAUGGUUUCGGUGCCAAUGGACACAGUUCUAAUGGUUUCGGUGCCAAUAGACACAGUUCUAAUGGUUUUGGAUCUAGCGGACUUAACGCCAAUGGUUUUGGAGCUAAUAGCCAAAGCUCCAAUGGAUUUCUUGUAAAGAGCCAGGGUUCCAACGGAUUUGGUGCCAACAGCCAGGGUGCUCAUGGAAACGGUGCCAAUGGUCACAGCUCUUUAGGGCUCAGUUCUUCUCAAGGUUCAAAUGGAUUGGGCAGCUCAAGUGGCCUCACCAACCAAUACUUGCCACCUUUCCAAGGAUCUCCUGCUGGUUCUAAUAGCUACGCUGGACAUUUUCCCAGCCAAUCUGGAGUUAGCCAACAAUAUAACAAGGGGUCUCAGGCCUCCGUACCCAGCACCAACUACGGCGUCCCUGUGAGUGGUCCAUCCUCUUUCGGAUCUAGUCCAUCAAACUUCGGUUCAUCGUCUUUCGGACAGCAAGGAUCACACUUUGGCCAGUCCGGUGCUGCCAGCCGUCAAUACCUGACUCCUAAAUUUUCUUCUUCCAACCAAAAUAUUCCUCAACAGCCUUUCGAUGAAGAAACUGGCUACCAUUAU